AUGCCGGAGCUCGGCGAGAGAUGGACGAGGCUGCUCUGCUUGUCGCUUCUGUGUGUGUGUCUCUGCCUGCUCAGCGAAUCCAACGCUAGGAGAGCCCCCAAGAUACCCCGCUGCCCUGCGACCUGCUCCUGCACCAAAGACAGUGCCUUCUGCGUGGACACCAAGGCCAUCCCCAAGAGCUUCCCCCCUGGGAUCAUCUCCCUGACGAUGGUGAACGCAGCCUUCACGACCAUCCCGGAGGGAGCCUUCUCACACCUUCACCUGCUGCAGUUCCUGCUCCUGAACUCCAACACGUUCACCAUGAUUGCUGAUGAUGCCUUUGCUGGCCUGUCUCACCUGCAGUACCUGUUCGUCGAGAAUAACGACAUCCAGGCGCUCUCUAAGUACACCUUCAGAGGACUCAAGUCCCUGACUCAUCUAUCGCUCUCGAACAACAACCUGCAGCAGCUGCCCAGAGAUCUCUUCAAACAUCUCGACAUCCUCACGGAUUUAGACCUGCGGGGGAACUCGUUCCGCUGCGACUGUAAAAUCAAGUGGCUGGUAGACUGGAUGGAGAAGACCAACACUUCUGUUCCUGCCAUCUACUGUGCCAGCCCCUUUGAGUUCCAGGGCCGCAGGAUCCACGAUCUCGCACCUCGAGACUUCAACUGCAUCAGCGCAGAUUUCGCUGUUUAUGAGACCUUCCCUUUCCACUCCGUGUCAGCCGAGUCCUAUGAGUUCAACGAGGAUCAGUUUGUGGCCUUUGCUCAGCCUGAUUCAGGGUUCUGCACCUUGUACAUUUGGGAUCAUGUGGAGAUGGUUUUCAGGCGGUUUCAUAACAUUACCUCUCGCUCUGCUGUGUACUGCAAACCAGUGGUCAUAAACAACAGUCUGUACAUGGUUGUGGCUCAACUGUUUGGUGGAUCUCACAUCUACAAGUGGGAAGAGGACCCGCAGCGCUUUGUAAAGAUCCAAGACAUCGACACCACUCGAGUGAGGAAGCCCAACUUCGUGGACACCUUCCAGCUGGAUGGAGAGUGGUACUUUGUGGUGGCCGACAGCUCCAAGGCCGGCUCCACCAGCAUUUAUCGCUGGAACAGCAACGGUUUCUACUCCCACCAGUCCCUCCAUCCCUGGCAUCGGGACACCCAUGUGGAGUUCCUCGAUGUUGGGGGAAAGCCUCACCUCAUCCUCUCCAGCGCCUCUCAGCCGCCGGUGGUUUACCAGUGGAACCGGAGCCAGAAGCAGUUUGCUUUCUUCUCCCAAAUCACAGAGCUAGCAGACGUGCAGAUGGUUAAGCACUUCUGGGUGAGGAAAGUUCUUUACCUUUGCCUCACGCGCUUCAUUGGCGACUCCAAGAUCCUCCGCUGGGAGGGGCAGCGUUUCGUGGAGAUCCAGACGCUCCCCUCUCGGGGCUCAAUGGCAGUGUAUCCUUUCACAGUGGGCCUCCGUCAGUACCUCAUUCUUGGGAGUGAUUUCUCCUUCUCCAGAGUGUACCUGUGGGAUGACCUCACUCAGCGCUUUCAGCCCUUCCAGGAGCUCAACAUGAGAGCUCCGCGGGCGUUCAGCUUGGUUUCCGUCGACAACAAGGACAUUCUGCUGGCUGCCAGCUUCAAAGGCAACACCCUGGCCUACCAGCACCUGGUGGUGGAUCUCAGUGCCAAGUAGACAUGUUCCGGUCAGGGCGAGAGGAGGCGCUUCCGAGCAUUUAUCAAUAUGUGCCAAAUAAAUGAAAGACUGCAAAAUGUUUAAGCCAUGUAACUAAAGGUCUGCUGUUUCACCAGGUGUUUUA